GAUGUUUCACGAUUGUUGAACUGAAACCAUUUGUCAAGUUCAUCUUUGGAAGCAACCUUUCACUUAGCUGAAAUAAAUGGUAAAAGAAAUAAUAUUUGAUAUAAAAGUCCCUUAGACACGCUAUGUCAUAUUUUAGUAUGGAAUCUCUUCUUUCAUCCAUUCCGACGAGAGGAAAAACAUAUGAAAAAAUGCAAGAAACUACGGCAGACUACACGUCUAUGGAUAGUAUUCAAUCGAAUUCUUCAAUACACAAUAAUGAUAUAAAAGAUGGUUUCAAGCUCAGUGACUACAUAACUGAAGACGGUUUUCUGAAGAUGAAUCAAUGUUCAUCAUCAAAAUGGCGUCGGAACAGAACAAUUUUUACAUCCGUUCAGUUGAAGAAACUAGAAGAGACAUUUCGCAAACGGAAAUAUCUAUGUGUGGAGACGCGAGAAAAACUUGCCAAAUCACUUAGUCUGACAGAAGACCAAGUAAAAACCUGGUUCCAAAACAGACGAACUAAAUUUAAAAAAAACAUUUGUGUUCUGCCUAGAUCCAUAACAGUUCCCGAGUUAGACAUUCGAUCAACAAUUACUCCGCAUCUAUACGGCAACAAUUUGCUAAAUACGGCACAGCACCAUUUCAUAAUGUACACAAGUGUACCCAAAUAUCCCACUCAAUUUGUAACAUCAAAGAAUACGAUCCCUAAAUGUUUGAAAUCUGGUGCAAACAUUAACAAUUCCUAAUUUGAUAUAAAAAUAUUGAGUAAAUUCAUUGUAGAAACCAAGCAAACAUACUGUAGAAAAAACGAGUUAAAUUAUUGUAGAAACCGUGUAGUAUUUGAAAAAAUUAAAGUUUCACAGAAGC